CCGAAACACACACACCUCUCUCUCUAUCUUGGCCUAUAUAUCGAAUCUAAAGGACGCCAAUUCUUCUCCAUUAUUGACCUUUUCUUUCACCCAAAGGAUCAGAUUGUUUAAUCCAUUUCGUUGUGUUUAACUCUUGCAAACGGAAUCGUUUAUCGAUAUUCAAAUCAAAUAUUUUCUUCCUCUUUGAACGCUGUUUGAGUCGUUUAUAAUCCACAAUUUCAUCAUAUAAAUCAAUCUGUAGAGCUGAAUUCGAUAUCUGCCAUCGAAAAGUUUUAAUUUGUUGUUAAGAAAAAGAAAAAAUUCAUGGCGUGUACUGCUGGAAUGAUCCAUGGCUGUGUUUCAUCAUCGACCUCUUCAUCGUCGUCAUCGUUGGGGGAAAUUGAGAAAUUCGAACAAGAAGAAGGCAGCGAGAGGAAGUGGUGGCGCUGAUCAGAGGUUUAGGGUUAGAUGUGUUUCGACAAGUCCUUUAGCUUCCGAUCCGUAUAAAACUUUGAGUAUUCGUCCUGGAGCUUCUGAAUCUGAGGUCAAAAAGGCUUUUCGACAGCUAGCUUUGAAGUAUCAUCCAGAUGUGUGCAGAGGAAGCAAUUGCGGAGUCCAGUUUCACCAAAUCAACGAAGCUUACGAUAUGGUGAUGAGUAAUUUGAGAGAUGAAACAAGUGUACCAGAAAUGGAGUAUUAUGGAUCGUCGGAUGCAGGGAUCGAUGAACCGAUGAGAGGAAUGGAGGAUCCUGAUUGGGAUAUGUGGGAAGAGUGGAUGGGUUGGGAAGGUGCUGGAAUACGAGAUUAUUCUUCACACAUUAAUCCAUACAUUUGAAGGAAUUGAAGAUCCAUGGAUUUCUACUUUCUAAGAUGAGUCCAGCAAAGGAAUGCACCUUUUAAGAUGAAUAAUGUUAAUUUAAGUGUCUGGGUCUGUAAUCUGUAUAUAAAGAGUAGUCUGUAGAGAUGACUGUAUUAAUGUUCAUCUCUCUUGUACAUAAGUCUAGUUUUAUGAUUAAUCGUCUGUAAUUAUGGCAUCAUUACUGUUCAGGAAUAAAAAAAUUCUUG